CGCUGUGCGUGCUGGGGAGCAGGCGGCGGCGGCGGGGCCGAGCCGGGCCGGGCCGGGCCGCCGCCAUCACCACCACCACCACCACCACCACCACCAUCAUGCUGGAGGAGGCGGGCGAGGUGCUAGAGUCGGUGCUGAAGGCCUCGUGCCUGCCGCUGAGCUUCCUGCUCUUCGUGCCUGCCGUGCUGCUGCUGCUGGGCCCACCGCCCGCCGCUGAGGCCGCCCAUGAGUUCACAGUGUACCGAAUGCAGCAGUACGAGCUGGGCGGGCAACCCUACGGCACCCGGAGUGCAGUGCUAAACACGGAAGCCCGCACUGUAGAAGCAGACGUUCUGAGCCGCCGCUGCGUCAUGAUGCGGCUGGUGGAUUUCUCCUAUGAGCAAUACCAGAAGGCUCUCCGCCAGUCAGCUGGUGCUGUGGUGAUCAUCUUGCCCCAGUCCAUUUCUUCUGUCCCACAGGAUGUUGUGAGGCAAUUCAUGGAGAUAGAACCAGAAAUGCUUGCUAUGGAAACUGUUGUGCCAGUCUACUUUGCAGUGGAAGAUGAAGAACUGCUGUCUAUCUAUGAACAAACAAGGGCUGCUUCUGCAUCACAAGGUUCUGCAUCGGCUGCAGAGGUUCUCUUGCACACGGCAACUGCCAAUGGCUUCCAGAUGGUGACUAGCGGGGCUCAGAGCAAAGCUAUCAAUGACUGGCUCAUACCCAGCGUGGAGGGAAGGCUGACAGGGCUGGGUGGAGAAGACCUGCCCACUGUUGUGAUAGUUGCCCAUUAUGAUUCUUUUGGAGUCGCCCCCUGGCUGUCGCAUGGUGCUGACUCCAAUGGCAGUGGUAUCUCUGUGCUACUGGAAUUAGCCAGGCUGUUUUCCCGGCUCUACACCUACCGACGUACCCAUGCUGGGUAUAACUUGCUGUUCUUUGCAUCUGGAGGUGGCAAAUUUAAUUAUCAAGGAACCAAGCGAUGGCUGGAAGACAACUUGGAUCACACUGAUUCCAGCUUGCUACAGGAUAACGUAGCAUUUGUUCUCUGCCUGGACACUCUGGGCCGAGGGAACAGCCUUCAUCUCCAUGUCUCAAAGCCUCCCAAAGAGGGGACCCUACAGCAUGCGUUUCUGAGAGAAUUAGAGAUGGUUGUUGCCAGCCAGUUCCCAGAGGUGAAGUUUUCCAUGGUGCACAAGAAGAUAAACUUGGCUGAGGACAUGCUAGCAUGGGAGCACGAGCGUUUUGCCAUCCGACGCUUGCCAGCAUUCACCAUCUCUCAUCUAGAGAGCCACCGGGACAGCCUGCGCAACAGCAUUAUGGAUGGGAGGGCACAUGUGGACACUAAGGCACUAACCAGGAAUACUAGGAUCAUUGCUGAGGCUUUGACAAGGGUCAUCUACAACCUAACAGAAAAGGGAACACCUGCAGAUCUACAGAUCUUCACAGAGCAGAUGCAGAUCCAGGAGGAGCAACUAGAGUCAGUGAUGGACUGGCUGAGCAGUCAGCCAAGAGCUGCCCAGCUGAUUGAUAAAGACAGCACCUUCCUCAACACCCUAGAAUAUUAUAUGGGCCGCUACCUGAAGGAUGUGAAACAACAUCAUGUAAAAGCAGACAAAAGGGACCCUGAGUUUGUGUUCUAUGACCAGCUGAAGCAGGUGAUGAAUGCAUACAGGGUCAAGCCAGCAAUAUUUGACCUGCUUCUGGCUGUCUGCAUUGCAGCCUACCUUGGAGUUGCCUAUGUUGCAGUCCAGCACUUUGGUCUCCUUUACAAGAUGGUACAGAGAUUAUCCCUUAAAACAAAGCAGCAGUGAAGUAACAAGUCAUCACCCAUUGAGCAGCACUGAGCCAUCGGUGAGCCCAUCAGGAAUCUUCUGCCUUCCAUUGCGUCCUGCUGUUCCUCUUCCUCUCUCUCCUCUUUGCUACUCUGGAGAGGGGAGGAAGGUGGAAAGAAAGGGAAAUUUCUGCACUUGUGCACCUUUUAGGUGCUUUUUUCCCCUUUCUUCCCCUGAUUUGCACCAUGUCUGUUUUCCUUUGCCUUGUACCAAGGGAGAAGCUCAGAGACUUAAUUCCUGCAGGUUGUAUAAAUGCUGCGCAGCUGAUUCUGAGCAGUUUCUAUGAGUGUAAAACCAGGCCCAGAACUUUCGUGGACCCAUGUGCCAUACAGCCAAUUUGGAGGGUGAAACUACAGAGUAAUUGUAUUAUCUCUGCCCAGCAAACAAGGACUCAGAGCACUUGUUUUAAAAAAAGAAAAAAAAAGUGCACAUGCAAUGAGAGAGAGAAUAGCAUGUUUUUUUACCAUACCUGUUAAGUUCUCUGCCUGGCCUCAAGAAAGUGUAUUGAACAAACAGCAUCUCCAGCAAGCAUCUUGUGUUUUGUUUAAACUGUGCAAUAACUCAUUCCCUUUUAGGAGGUGCACUGUAAAAAAUCUUGACUGUUACUCAGAUCGGGGAAUGAGGAAAGAUCGUUAAAACGGGUUCCUGCAGUAGAAUUCUGACCGUCCUGCCUCUUUCGGAGGUUGCAUUUUGCUGUGUACUUGAUUUAGCUUAAAGCUUAGCAGCUUUGCUGCUGCCACCAGUCUGUGUUCAACUCCUACUUGUUUUUUAGUGGGGGGUUCUACAGUCCCGCUUGCUGCAGGAUCAUGUGCUGUGCUGUUCUGUGUGUUUAAACAAGCUAGUUGUAUUUGUAGCAAGAGCACUCCAGGGGCUCUUGCUGAGCUCUGGUCAGUAACUACUUCAGUCUUCAUUCCUCAGUUUUCACUUUCAGCUGGGCUGUGGGUUUUGGGGUGUUUUGUCAUUCACCUGCACCUCAAGGUCUCAUAUCACAUUUUUCAGCUGUUAUUUCUGAAAACCCUGUUCCUGAGCUGAGUGCAGGAGCAAGUUCCCAAAGUGCUUAUUGCUGUCUCCUUUCACAUUCUGCCCCCAGUAUGUAUGAAAGGAGGCAGGUCAUUUAGCCAUUAAAAAACAAAACAAAAUGAAGUCUUAUGUAUGUAACUUUAAACGUGUCUGUUUCUAGAGCUGUAACUAAGAGCAUAUAUCUUAGAACAUGCCCUCUCUUUUACUUUUACCCUUGAACAAGGCCUUAUUUUUAGUAUGCUGGUGUUUUUGGAUGGGCACAGCUCUCUAGUUGGCUGGAAUAGUUGCCAGUGCUUGUGCAAAGCUCUGGAGGGCCAGGUAACCAGUUCCAAAGCAUUGUCUUCUGCUUAAAUUUAAGCCUUUCCUGAAUUCCGCCAUCUAAAGUGAGCAGGAUGAUACAUGUCAUCGCUUUCUGAUGAGAGCAAGAGGCUCUUUCUGAGCAGUGCUGCACUUUAGUUACCUCUAAAGUUCUCAUGGAAAAUAUAAAGAUUUUCCCUACAAGUCUUAGGCUAGUCAUAGCUCUAGAAGAUGUCCUGGUUGAAUAGCUGCUGUCCCAUCACUCAAAUAAUGUUUCUUUGAGUCUUUUCUAUAGAUUGUUUUGUGCAUAUGGGGUCUCUUCACAAGCCAGGUGACUACCUUUAUUUAAAAGGAACAUUUUUAUUUAAAAUAGCAUCUUCUACAGAGGCUGAAAGUGCUUGUGGGCUUGAUAAAUUGUGUCAUCUUUUUUUGUACGCAGGGAAAGUUAAAGCUGUGCAUCCUUGUCUGUACCACAACUGAAAUUGUACACCCUUGUAAGAAAAGGGGUUGUUAAGUGACUGUCCUUGUCCUCUGGAUGGGGACCAAAGCACUUAUUUCCAUUCAUCUUUGUUUCUUUCACUGUAGUCUCCUCCUUGGAAUACCCUUACCUCACAGUGUAUGCUUCUCUGCUAUUUUAAAUAUGUAAUGACUUGUUCUUUAAAGGGUCAUUUCUUUUCCAGGAGAGCAUGUGGAUGUCUGCGGCUCCCUGUAAUAUCAACAGGUGGCAAAGUACCAAGCACUCCUGAAAUAUCAGCCCUACAGGGAAACUUACCUUUUGCUGAUCUUUUGAGUGCUUGCUUGAAAUAUGUCUCUCUGCAUACAUGAACUGUUUGUGACAUUCUUCUGACAAAUGAAUUCAUAAUGACUUCAGAAACUAUAUAUAUAUAUAUAUAUAUAUAUAUAUAUAUAUAUAUAUGUUUGUUCUGGAGUAGGUGGAAGAUGAGCCUUGAUCAUUUGUCACUCAUUGUUAUGUUCUGCUCUUAGAGACUGGAUGUAUUGUGCUCUGGGAGGGUGCGUGCUCUGCACUGUGUAGGUACAGAACAAGCACAGUGCAGUGAUUACCCAAAGAACUUCUUUGUCAGUUCUAAGUAUCUGGAAACAGUUUCAGAGCCCUCCAGCUGCAUCGUAUGUUCCUUGUGUGGUACACUUGGAGGUGGGGUGUUCCCCCAUUGCAGCAGGUUACUUAACUCUUGCUUCACUGAGAACAAAUAGGGAAGCCAAAGUUACUAGCAAUCCUGCUUGAGCUUGGGUGCACAUAACAUUUACAAGUAGUGGGCAGGAGAGAAAGGAGAGAAUAGUCCCAGAGUGUUCUUUCUUUUGGUGGAAACUAUCAACCUUGGCUCUUCUGCAUGAGAAGCUCAAAGCUUAGUCACACACUUCCACCAAGGAAGGCCAAUGUGGUUGCAGCUCUGUCCCUGUCAAGGCUGUAAUAUUAAAGCAAAUACUCAAUUUCUUGUGGUCUCAACAAUACACUGCCAACACUCCUGGUGCAGUGCCAGAAGCCAGUGGCAGCUAUCUAAAAUAAAGGAGAGUAGAAGUAACUGAGAGUUUGCAAACCCCAAGGGCAGUGGGGAUAGUGCUUUGCUCUCUCCUGCACCAGGGUAAUUUGUCUUACAAGCUGACUGAGUGCAUUUCAUAUAUCUCUAGCUGGCUGCCAUAGAAAGAAAUUCAUAUUACAGAUAAGGGUUUGUGCAUCAUAUCAGUGUGUACUAAAGCACAUUGUGUGCUGAAGUCUGAGAUAGUCAAAUUCCAGCUCUUUCAGAGCUGGGAAAGAGAGAGUGGAGACUUAAACUGUCACACUAGUGUCUGUUUUGGGAGUGAACCUAGUUCCUACAUUGCUGUGUUUCUUUUGGGAAGUUGACACAGAAGCUUAUCACUAGUCUCUACUAUUCUGCUGUUUUGUAAUAACAAUAAAAAUGGUGCUGAUCCAUUCUGCAACAUAUCUGGUUAAUCUCAUCAACAUGACACAGAGGCAGAAACCCAACAGCUGUUCUGAUGAAAUAAAAAUUCUCUGCAACAUUGCAGAAGAGCUCUGCGUAGCUGAUUUUGUGGCCCCAUCUUUCCCUUUCCUUCUUAUCAGGAGUUUGUAUGGCCUGGAAGGAGGAGGCAUGAAAACACAUAGGCACAUGUUUGUAAGUGGCUAGCAGGUGAUGCUUAGAGCUAUAAAGGAAUACUUUUUGCAGUCUAUCUGAUUUUACCUGUUGUUCUGCUGUUGCCAAAGUCUGCAGUUUGCAGAAAGCUGCUUUUCUAACAGACUUUAAGAAUUUAAACUGUUUUAUUCCUUCUACCUGCUCCCACCCACACAAGCAGUAAUGGGGAUUAUAUGCAAGUAGUUUGGCUAUUGCAGUUUAUCUCUCAGUUAAGAGAUAUUCAUCAUUGUGAAAUAGGUACUGCUGUGCAAUAUGAGCUUCACCCUUGAACUUUUACAGUGUUAAGAGGAAAGAUCUUGAACACAAAAAGGAACUAGGAGGAGAAGUCACCACAAACUAUUUAUACCUUUAAAACCCCGAAUAUCCCACAAUAGCAUUUAUUCUUUGCAAGUCGCAAUCUCAUGUUGUUCAUAAUACAUGGCAAAAUUUAUCCAACUUCUGCACCUUGUGGCCAAGCUGGGUUUUACAUCUAAAAGCCAUUCAGUCCUGACCUGCGGAUCUGAAGUGAUGGGGGUGCUACUAUGUCCCUCAGUAAAUUGUACCUCUGACUGUUCUUGUGGGGGCUUUCACUUACUUUGAUCUGUUUAGUUUAAUUUGUAGUUAUUGGGUGACAAUUUUAAGGUUAUAAUCUGGAAUGUUUGCAGCUCAGGAAAAAGUUGAUUUAUUUAGUAAUGUUAACUCAAUUAUUUAUCUCUUCUUGUGCAUUCUAAAGAACAAAUGUAUAUUGAGGUGAAUAUUUAAAAACUAAUAGAAAAUUCAGUGCAGUUGGCUAACAUUACUGUAGCUGUGGUUUUUUUCUCAUAAAUGUUAUAGUAUUUAAGUAUUUUAA